AUGUCUACACUAUCAUUUGAUGGAUGGCAAACUGCAUUAAAACCCGAAAAUUUAACUUUACUGCCCCUCCUAAGCUUUCGUCGGACAAAAGAUGAUUUUACUUACGAUAGCUGUAAAGAACAUUUUGCGAUAUCAAAAUUUUUGGAAAACCUUAACUUCGAUACUACUGAUCAGCAAUGGGUUAUCGCGGCUGAAAGUAUUUCAGUAAAGCAACAAGUACGAUCAGAAGAAGUUAAAAAAUUCUGGCUUGAUAUUGAUCUGGAAAAGGCUGAGUCUGAACGGAAAUUAGCAGGGAUUAUUCUGGAGCAGAAGGAAAUUGAGUUAAAACAAAAAGAAGUGGACAUAAAAUUAUCCAAAAACAUUCUAAGGCAGGGAAUAAAGGACAGUUUAUUAAAUGAUCAAAAAUUAAAAUAUGCCGAAAACCUUGUUAACGAUAAAGAAACAGAAUUGAAACCUUAUUUGAAGAAAUCUACAAAGAGGAAACCUGUAUGUUCUAAUGGUAAUUUGACCGAGACCGAGGACAAUGAAUACUUUCCUGAUGACAAUGAUCUUGAUCCAGAGUCUUUCAACUCCACAUUAGAUCGUAAUAAUAAGAAGGCAGUAGCUAGCAUCAAUGCAAGAAGUAACGAUAUUAUAAAUUAA